AUGUCUAGCAACAAUCCUGUGUCUCCAAGCGUUGCAUUCAGGCAGCACUUGGACCAAAUUAUCCAAUAUCAGCACCGUCGUGAAAGAAUGUUCAACCUGCCUGAUCUCCAUGCAUUCUUUUACAAACGGGUGGUUGAACGACGGCGUCCUGCUGAAGAGGAGCACGACUCAGACGUCGCAAGCUCGUCCGCCCAUGAGAGCCAGCAAGCGGAUCUCCUCGCUGACGCAGCGUAUCCUGAGUUCAGCCUUUUUGGACAUAUCUACCCUGAUAUCCCUGAUACCGACUCAGACUCCACAGAAGAAUUCGUCAUCCCUGAAAUCCCUCCUGAGGCAGCUCCUCGUGAAUCUACUGCCCCAGCCGCUGAAGAUAUCACUAGCGACGGUCCUUCUGCAGUACCAACCACUGGUGCUCCCACUCAUGAGGCUCAUACUGCACAAGUUGUUGCUGAGCAUGUUCCAACCGGUGAAGCUGCAACUGCAGACACUUCGGUUAUCGGUGGUCCUACUGCUGUUAAGCCUACUACUGAAACAAGUGAGUGGCUGGUGUAUGACCCUGAGUGGUACGACUCUGAACAGUGGGAAACCAUGGAAAAUAUGGAAGAUCUGCGCCAGGAAAUCGACACUAGUGCAGAUCAGGCCGCAGUGUCUACUGGCAACGAAGACACAACAACUCCCCUUUACCCCCACCUCCCUCUUGAACGACAAACCUUUCUCCACGGAAACCCCGAUUCUUCCUCCACCGAACCCUUCCCUUCCUACUACGAGUCUUACGACGCUGAAGCUUCUCGCAUCAACGAAGAGACUGAGCAAGCGUACACUUACGCGCUCUCCAAAGUUGCUGAAAGCAGCCUUCUCUUCGAAGACAUGUCGUUCAGACAGCACCUCACCCCCUUCGCGCCUCGCGCGCCUCCUACCUUCUCUCCCAAUGUCAAUCCCGAUUUGCGUUCUCAUCAGGGUCCAAGUGCCUGGCCUAGAACUCCUGUCCGUCCUCGCAACACCUCUCGUUUCUUUCCUGGUGGUAACACUCCCACUCGCGCCCGCUACGCGGCUCAGAACCCCCAAAGCACUGUCGCCGUCGUCCACGCCAUGAGCUCUAGCGAGAUCCUUAGCCAUGCAUCUUCUUCUGUGCAACCUCAGGUUGCGACGCAGCCAAUUGAACCCGCCCCUUUGAACAAAAGACUGAUCGAGGAAGCCAUUCGUUCUGGCCGUAUCUCAUCCGGCGAUAAGAAAGCCGAGACCUUCCGCGCCAUGACCGAGCUGCUCCUCGAUUCCGAGAUCAACGACGAGCUGCGAAGCAAGUUCAGCGCUCUGUCUAACGACGUCCUGCGUUUGGAACUCGACAUCUUCCAGGGCCCCGAAUCCUCGGCUGGCAACUUCCUUGGCCCAAAGACCAUCGAGCAGAUCACCCCUAUCGCUCACGCCUUCAUCGAAUAUCUCGGAUUCCUUGACGAAACUCUCGAGAAAGAGGCCCGCGAUGCCCAGUCUGUCAAGCGCGCCGUUGUUCACGCCGCCUCUGACCAGACUGCUUCUCUCGAAAUGAGAUUCCGCGGCAUGAUCCGGCCCAUCUUACGAAACCUGAAGCGUCCUCGCCCGGCCGAACACCGCAUCCUCCAAACCUUCAUCGACCUCUUCGACGCCUACGUGUACAGCGACUUCUUAAAUGUCUACAACUAUCAAGUCAUCCACGACAAAGUCCUGUACGACGAGCGGAUGGCAGUCUCUCGACUGCUCAUCACGAUCUGGGCCGUCCUGCAGCGGACGGUCGGGAACUACAAGGCCAUCAUGAUGGUCAAUGAUGAACUAAAGGCCCAGUUCAUCAGUCCCGCCAUGGGCCAGAUCGCCAAUUACAAGGCGAUCUGGGACGACGAGAACGCCCUCUACCGGAAGGAGGUUGACGGGGGGGUCCGUUUGGGGCCCUAG